UGGCAGCAUUGGCGGUGCGGCGCGGCCCGGCGCUCCCCCCCUCCUCUCCUUCCUUCCUUCCUUCCUUCUUCCUUCCUUCCCUGCGGCCGCAGCCCCUUUAGUGUGAGGCCUGGCCUCCUUUUUCCGCUGCUAUGGGUCAGAACGAUAUCAUGAGCACCGCUGAGGACUUCGCGGAUCAGUUCCUAAGGGUGACCAAGCAGUACCUCCCCCACGUGGCCCGCCUGUGCCUGAUCAGCACCUUCCUGGAGGAUGGCAUCCGCAUGUGGUUCCAGUGGAGCGAACAGAGGGAUUACAUUGAUGGAACGUGGAACUGUGGCUAUUUCCUAGCCUCCAUCUUUGUGUUCAUAAAUCUCUUCGGACAGCUGAGCGGCUGUAUCCUGGUGCUGAGUAGGAACUUUGUGCAAUAUGCCUGCUUUGGACUGUUUGGAAUUAUAGCAUUACAGACUAUUGCAUACAGCAUUCUAUGGGACCUGAAGUUCUUGAUGAGGAACCUUGCCCUGGGGGGAGGCUUGCUGCUGCUUUUGGCUGAGUCACGCUCAGAGGGGAAGAGCAUGUUUGCUGGUGUCCCUACUAUGCGGGAGAGCUCUCCUAAGCAGUACAUGCAGCUUGGGGGCCGUGUGCUGCUGGUCCUCAUGUUCAUGACACUGCUGCAUUUUGACAUGAACUUCUUUUAUAUUCUGCAAAACAUUGUGGGCACAGCCCUGAUUAUCUUGGUGGCAAUUGGCUUCAAGACAAAGCUGGCUGCCUUGACUCUAGUCAUCUGGCUGUUUGGCAUCAACAUCUACUUCAAUGCCUUCUGGACCAUCCCAGCCUACAAACCCAUGCACGACUUCCUCAAAUACGAUUUCUUCCAGACCAUGUCUGUAAUUGGAGGGCUCCUCCUUGUGGUUGCACUGGGUCCUGGUGGAGUCUCCAUGGAUGAGAAGAAAAAAGAGUGGUAACAGGAGUAGCAACACUUCUUGGGACAUAACACGUUAAGAUCAGAACUGAUUCUGUAUGGAUUCAACAAAAACUGCCAGCAUUUUACACAUACAUGCCCCCUUCUUAUUAAAGGCACAGAUGUUCUGAAUUUGAUUUACAGUGGCACCAGUAAUAUAAUAGAUAAAAUCCCAUUUCUUCAAGGAAUGUUGCCUAGGCUUAUCAUUCUAACUUUCUAGAUUUGGAACUAACCCAGCAAACCUGCAUUUUGCUGGUGCUUCAGUGAGUUGCAGUAGAACGGUUGCUCUCUUUAACGUCAACAUUGUUUUAAAAUUUGGAGAACUGUGAGAAGUACAGCUGUAUCAUUCAGUGUGACGUUGGGUUUUAGCUAUAACUUAAAGUGGAUCCCCUUUUUCACCCUCAUCAGAUCUUAUCUUGUGUAUAAGGAGUUCCACUGGUUAUAGCAUUGCUUAUCAAGGUGGAAAGCCAUAUCAAAAGAACUCGUGGUUAUUUUGCUAUUCAGAGGGCCUGUAAAUCCAUUAUUACUUUCCUUUUAGCAAGAAGGAGGAAUUUCCUGCACCCAAAUAGAAGGCAAAAAGAAAAUCCUGAAAGUAACUGUAAUGUGCUUUAGGUAAGAAAAGGGAGAGUUUUCUAACAAGUUACAGUUCUGUUCUUGAGGGGUGAUAUUCCUUCUUGCUUACAAGAUUUUAAGAGGGAAGGGGCAAGGUACUCCUGAAGAGACAGAACAUUAGAUGCUGGUAGAAUUCUGUGCCAAAAGAACUCUUUACUCAACACUCUUUUCCCAGAGUUGCCCCCUCCUGGGUUCCCAAGAAAGUGAGCCUUGUUAUGCUGCACGUUCCAUAAUAAAAGCUCCUUUCUGCUAUUAA